AUGGAGGCAAGUGGUCGAGUUGUCGGACUCGGGGUGGAGAUUCUCAACCAAUCCAACUACAAAGUUUGGAAGUCGUGUUUGGAGUCGUACCUUAUCGGCGAAGAUCUUUGGGAUGUCGUCGGUGGUGGUUUUCGACGAGCUCCAACGGAUACUCCUGAGAAUAGGGAGGCCUUGAAAAGAUGGAGGACCUUGAAUGCGAAGGCGGAGUUUGUCUUGAAGAGGUCCAUAUCUCAUGACUUGUUCGAGCAUAUUAUCGGGUGCAAGUCAGUGCGAGAAAUUUGGGAGACUCUAGAUGGGUUGAUGAAUAAAAAGAACAAUGCUCGGCUACAACUCCUUGAGAAUGAGUUAGCUAAUACCAUUCAAGGUGAUCUCUCUAUCUCCCAAUAUUUCUUAAAGGUCAAAAAUCUUUGUUCAGAAAUUUCGGCGUUGGAUUCGGAUGAGCCUAUUUCGGAGGCGCGGAUGAAACGUAACAUUAUCCGUGGUCUCAACAAGGAGUACCAUGCUUUUAUUACCUCUAUUUAG